CAGACGAUAUAAUGUGAUAAGAUUACGAGGUUGUAUUCGUCAGAUACCUUGAAGUAAUCACAUAUUAUAACGUGGCAAGUUUAAAACGAAACAUUAUAAAUUGCUUAAAAUACUUUUCCGUUAUGGUAGACGCAUCACAAAAGAAAUUAGAAUAUAUCCUCCGCAAAAUUGCGUCAGAGCAGAGCUAUGAAAAUUAUGAGUUGGAAAUUAAACAUAUAUCCUCAGGUGGAGCCAAUUACAGCUCGAAUUUAUUCAUCGGUAAUAUCUCAGCUCCGAACAAAGAUGACUUGAAGAUAUUCGCAAAAGUAGCUAUUAUGGGAGAGAGUAUACGCUCAAUGAUGCCUACAAAUAUAUAUCACACUGAACAAUAUUUUUAUUCGAGGCUAGCAGAUAUCUUUGCAAUGAUCCAAGAUAAGCAUAAUAUUCCUGAAAAAGAGCGCCUCUCUAUACCCCGCAUGUAUGGUUAUGAUGCUACGGCGCCGGACGAGAUAAUAGUGCUACAAGACCUUGCAUCUGAUGGUUUCGUGGUACAGGAUCGUUUUCAAUCAUUCAACUGGGAAUACGCUGCUUCUGCAGUACAGCAGCUAGCUCGUUUGCAUGCGCUCUCCAUCGCGAUGAAAUACGACCAUCCAAACGAGUAUGAAGAAGUAUCAAAGACACUAAAAGUGAACGCGGAUAGUUUCGAUGCAGCCAUCAAAUACAUGGAGGAGACCUCUUUGAAAUCAGUUGCAAUUAUCAAAGAAGAAAAUAAAGAAGUGUUGCGGAAUUAUUUAAAGAACAAUUUUCGCAAUUUAAUGGAAGCCUUAAAAUCACCAAGGUGUCAGAAAGUACUGUUGCACGGAGACUUCAGAAUGAGCAACAUUAUGCAUAAAGUUCAAAAGGAUAACAAGGUUGAACUUACGAUUCUUGAUUACCAAACAAUGAUGUUUGGGACACCAGUGAACGAUCUCCUGUACUUUAUCUUUACGGGUUCUGAUAAGGAGUUCCGAAGAUGGUACUUUCAUCCCCUACUAGACCAAUACUAUGAGCAGUUUAGUCUAUCGUUAACCAGAUUGCAGUUGAAUCCCGCCAAAAUACUGCCAAAACACGAAUUCGACCGAGAGCUGAAGCAGCAUUUUGGAUUGGGUUUGGUAUUCGCCAUGGUCAGUAUACCGAUAGUGACGGUGGAAUUAGACGAGGCACCCGCUUUGAACACGACCCUGGACCUUGACGCCCUGAUGAAUUUAACUCCCAGCCAGUUGUGCACUCAAAGACUUAACGAUGUCGUUCAAGACUAUAUCAAUUGGGGUAUACUUUGACAUUAAUACCAUGAUAUCGCAUUUAAUACAAUGUAAUAAAUACAAUGUUUACAAUAAAUUUAUGCUACAAGAGCUAUUAAAUUGUAGUUUCAGCAGCCUCGCAUAUUUUUCUAGAAUAUAUAUAAAUAAUCUUUCAAAAAUAAUA